UAAUUGAAUUGAUGUUUUCUUGUCGUAUGUGGCGUCUUGUGUAUUUAUCUUCCUUUUUCAUAUUUUAAUAAAAAUUGCAUUUAUUUCGUGUUUUAUAUAUAACUUUACGUUUACUUUAAAUGGUUAGGUGUAAGUGUUCAUAAUCAUAAGGAAAUAGUAAAAUAGUGCUUGAAUUCAAUUUCUAAGUCUAAAAUGGAUAGAAAUAAUAUGAGAUCAAAUUAUGUGAACAGUGGACCUAGAUCUCUACCACACAUGGGAGGUGGCAAGCGUCACAAUGGCAAUGGUCACAAUGGAUCCCGACUCAGCCCACCAGCACAGACUGCUAACAAUAAUCAGAAUAACACCACCAAUCACCAUGAUGAUCUGAUUAAUUAUAUUUUUGAAUCCUGGAAUAAGGUAAAUCGUGAACUAGAAAGAGGCAGUGAUGAUGCAAAAUACUAUCAAGAUGUUUUAGCUCCUCGACAGCUGGCUAAUUUUAGACCAUUUAAUCUGGAGGAGUGGUGGGGUCGUCGUGUUAUCCAGAGCAUAAAUCGUAAUAAGCAUCGGUCUUAGUUCUUACAAAGUGGCGAGUUAUUGAUAUCUCAUUGUGACAUCAUGGCUUCACAAUAUUUUCUUCUGAUCAUACUUUUGGUACAUUCAUUGACCAGUUUUCAAAGUCAGUAUUGGUAGAUUGAAAUGAACAAUAUUUGAAUAUAGUUAGGUUUUUUUCAUAUUAAUAAGUGGGAAAUAUAUAAUCAUUUGGUUACAUUGUGGGAAAACCAUAAUUGUGAAAUAAAAUAUGUUUUUAAUUACUCUUCUGACAAAAGAUUAUUAUAAAAUGAAGUAAUAAGUUAGUAUAAUUUUGUAUGCUUUACAAAACUAGAAAACAGUUUGUUGCUGUUUUAUGUAUAAUAUGAUUAAAUGAUUUUUUGGAAUUCUUCAUCAGAAAAUGUAACUUACAUUUUAUUGACGGAAAUAAAUAUAAUUCAGGCUAAGUACACAAAUAAAAUUCUACAUACUCUAUUCACUCAAGAUCACUAUGAUAAAUCAUUUUUUUAAUAAUCUUUUUUAUUUGCACGAUAAUUCUCACAUAAAAUAUUUAAAACAGUAUAUACAAAAUUUAUUGCAUCAUAUUUGCUAUAAAAUAAAUCUAUCAAAUCUGUAGUCACAUUCAUUAUAUAAGAAUAUUUUACAUGUAGUUCAUAAAAAGUAAAAGUCGUACUAUUUAAAUAAUGACAUUUGUUAGAAAGACUUGUUAUUUCAAUUGCAUUUUUUUAAAUAUGACUUACAAUAUUUAUAUGUCAUUAAAUAUGGCAAUAACAUUACAUUCAAUUAUUAUGAUGUACAAUGAGAUAUUUUUAACAUUAUACAAAGCGUGUUUAUAACACUGAUCUUCGUUUUCCAACAUGUCAUUAUGAAUAAAAACUGCGAAUUUUAAAUUUACAUACAGUUGUUCUAAAUUUUAAUCUUUGAUAAUAUUUCUCUGUGUUGGAAAUAUCUUGUUUUUUUAAGCACGUAGGAGAUUAUUAAGUAGGUUUUGUAAAAAAAAAAAUAAGUUAGCAUGAAUUUCUAUUUUUACUUGUAAUUAUUAUAAGAAAAUGUGUUAUAACCAUUUAGAAACAGCUAGAUAUUUCGUGUUUUAUUCGUGACUCGGUCAUUUUAAAUUGUUUUUUAAUGGUUUUUAUAAAUUGUAACUUGUCUAUGGACAGAGGAAUAACAUAUUUAUUAUAUCUGCAAUUUAAAUAACAUCACAUAGUGUUUAAGGAGUUGUCACGGAUGAAUAGAAUGACGUUCUUUAGUUAAGUUUUGAGUACGAAAAUAUUUAAACUAACCCUAUUGUUAGUGUAUUUUGAACAGCAAUAAUGUAAUGAGCAAUAUCGAUUUUUACGAAACAUAAUGAUAAUACUAAAAUAAACUACAAUAGAGUUGCAUUUUAAAAUUAUAAAUUUUAAAAGUAUUAUUAACUAAAUCUAAAUUUUAAACAAAAGUAUUAUUAUCUGAAUGUUUUUAUUAUUAUUAUUUAAAAUGUACAACAUAAAUAUCAGUUAAAAAUUAAGAAAGUAAUUGAAAAUUAAAGGACGUACUUCUAUGUGGCCUUUAUCCGAGUUUGGUAAAUAAGAUUUUUUAUUUAUUUCUUCAACAUAAUAUUAUUAUACAAGUGACAUUCCAUUCAUUUUGUCUUGUACUUAGAGUUUGAAAUAAUUGUAAAUAUUUUGAAAAGCGACAAAACAACAGAUCACGGAAUUUAAUAAAACAUUUUUAACAAAAUUUAUUUUUGUUUUCUUUAAUAAAUGUUUAUUUAUUUUUUAAA